AUGGUCCUUGGUGAAUCUAAUUCAGUUAUAGCAAUUCCCUGCACUGACACAAUCAAAGCCAUCAAAUUUGUCUUCUGCACUUUCCCAGCAUCCAAACAAGAUAUGCAGAACCUGUGCAGAUGGGGAAAAUCGCAAACCAUGGGUGCGAACGGGUACCUUGGAACACAUUUUGAUAAUGUACUUAUAGAUCUUUACAAGAAAUGUGGAAAGAUAGAUGAGCAAAUGGACUUGCUGAAGAAAAACCUGAAGUUGAUCUACGAAGGCGAGGCGUUCAAUGGGAAGCUCACAAAGACAGCACGAUCCCAUGGCAAGAAGUUUCAAGUUUCUAUUAAACAAGAAACCUCUAGAUUACUGGGCAACUUGGGCUGGGCCUACAUGCAAAAAUUGAACUAUGUGAUGGCUGAGGCGGUGUACCGGAAAGCCCAAAUGAUCGAUCCAGAUUGUAACAAGGCUUGUAACUUGGGCCAUUGUCUCAUUAAACAAGCCCGGUAUGAAGAGGCGCAAUCCAUUAUUGAAGAAGUAUUAAGAGGAAAUUAUCCUGGGUCAGAUGAUAGCAAGUCAAAGAAACGAGCCCAAGAUCUCCUAACAGAGAUAAGUCAGACUCAGGCUCCUCACAAGAAACUAACUCAUAAAGGAUUUUUCAUCAAAGGCCUGGAACAGUUGAUUAAUGAAUGGGGCCCAAUUAGAUCAAGGAGACUUCCAAGUUUUGAGGAGAUUUCUUCAUUUAGAGACCAGUUGGCAUGUUAAUUCUAUGCUUUGUACAAAGGAACUGACAUUUCUUUCUUUUUCCUCUUUUAUAUUGGGUGGAAGUUGUUUUUU